GAUGCGUAGUAGCCUAGUAGGCCCACGUAGUCAAACUGAACAUCAAAGUUAAAGGAAAAGACCAAAGUUCUAGAGAUGGCUAUAGGGAGGAUACUCUCUUGUUUGAUCCCUGAUGAUCCGUUGAUACCCUUGCUCAAUAAGGGUGGCCAUCCGACGAAGGUUGUUGCCUGUGAUUCCCCCACCUUAAGCAAUGUGGUUGUACCCACCAAACCCAAAGGAAGUGGGAAGUUGAACCUUGAACCCAGCUCAUCAAAGCUCAAUGAAGAAUUACUGAAGAAGAAUAACGAGCUUGAAAAGCAACUCGAGAGUAUACAAAAAUCCAUCGACAAGCUGAAGAUUCCAAGGUCGCGUCAACAAGUACUUGACUUGGAUAGUGCCCCCCUAAGCAUAUCCAUCACAACAGAACCUUAUCAAGAAAGAUUCAAGAUUCCCCACUUGGAAACGUAUGAUGGCUCCAAUGAUCUAGAUGAACACUUGCAUACUUACCAAGCCAUCAUGAAGAUACAAAGUGCAAUAGACGCCAUCAUGUGCAAAGUUUUUCCAACCACAUUGAAGUCGACGGCUAGAAGGUGGUAUCACAAGCUCCCAUGGCAAUCCGUCAAUUAUUUUCCUCAGCUUGUUACCUUGUUUUCCAAUAAGUUCGCGAGCCAACGGGAGAUAAAGCACACAGCCAUUGAGUUAAUGCAAGUUCACCAGAAGGAAGGAGAGUCCUUAAGGGACUACAUACCUGGUCGGUUCCUCGACGACCUACUAGAAAAUCCACCAAAGUCAUGGAAUGAAGUAAAUGACAGAAAUCCUACACCCAGUAGCCUAGCCAAACCCCCUAUGUACAAGAUUACAGUCGACCUCACAGACAAGGGUACUAGGUCGACAGUUAUCAGAACCCGUACCAAGGGAAUCAAUACUCUUCUGAGCCCGACAAAAUAUACUGAGGAUGCCAAUCUAAUAGGCGAGGACAAAGGUAGAGGACUACGGCCUAGAAUCAAAAGAACAAUAGAGAGUAGGUUACACUGGAAUACCUUCACCCUCAGGCAUAAUAAAUAUGAUUUCAAGUGGCGUGCAUUCAGGAGGCUAAAGCGCCCGAGGUCAUAAAGCCUAUGCUCAUCAGGUAAUGACUGUGAACAAAUAUAGGCCCCUAAAACAACCAUUUGAGCAAAUGAAAUGGGAAAACACUCCCAUUACGUUCAGUCCUGCUGAUUACAAAUGAUCAGAGGGAGAAUAUGAUGUUAUGAUGCCUUACGCUGACCUCUUUGUGGCAACAGUCCACAUAGGCAAUCAUAAUGUUAAUAAAGUAUUCAUCGAUAC